UAGAAAACAAGGAAAAGGAGAAGGUCCCAGCAAAGAGAUAUUUUCUUUUCCCACUUAAAAGAACCCAGUAUCUGCUUCUCCACUAACUUCGCGCCUCUAAAACCCUUCUCCGUUCUGCCCCCCUCUACCUCCUCUCGUCGUUGGUCGUCGGUCGUCGGUCGUCGGUCGUCGGAGGCAGGCCGUCGCUAGCUGGCUUGCUCGGUUCGCGCUUCGACUGCGCGUCUGUCUUCGAGGUGCAUUUACUUCGUUCGAUCCCUGUUCAAGGGCUUGGUGAUUUGGUGGAAAACCGCGGUAAGUCCCCUUCCAGAUCCCGAAUCGCGCUGCUUUCGUUUUCAAAUUCCUUCCUUUGGUUUUCUCGCUUGAUUCGUAUGAUUUGAAUUGCGAAUCCGGUGGAUCUUCUCGAUUGGGGAUUACUCGGAUUUAGCUUUGGUCUGUUGCUUGCAGUCUUUUUUCAAAUCAGGGCUUCUUUUCUGUUCCGUUUUUUAUCCGAUUCGGAUGCUGCACGGUACCCAUGUUUGGCUGGGGUUUUCGUCUUUCUUUUCCGGUUGAGGAUUUGAAUUACUAGUAUUUUUCCCGUCCCUUCCGCAGUUUGAUUUGUCAUUCGGGGACGGGAAGCAUAGUUUCUGUGUUCGUCUUGCUCUUUGUGGGUGAUUGGGUUUAUGUUUCUGGGGAGGGUUUGUGCUUUCCGUAGCCUAGAGGAGUUAUGGGGUCGAAAUGCAAUUACUUUUGUGGUGCUUUACUUGGUCUUCCCCUUGCUCUAUACGAAUUAUUGCGGUUCAAACCUUCUGAUGCAGCCUUCUUCUACCCAGCAGCUCUCCCGUACGUACGUGAUGUUUUCAGUUUCACUUUCUAGUGCCACGGCACUUUUGGAGAUGGCUUCAUAAGGUGCAUGUGAUUGGGGAACCUUUGCUUUCUGCACCUGUGUUCCUCCAAUUGAUCAUCAUGGGAGCUGCCGAAACUGUUGUGACUAAGAAGAUUUUGAAGAUAAAAUUUUCCACCCAGAAGGUUGAAGUUGAUCCUGGGGCAAGUUCAUGUGGAUUGAAGCAGAAGUUGUGUGCUGAUCUUACUUCUCAAACUCGGAUGGGUACAUCACAAAAUGCUAAAUUUGCCGUUUCGUGCUCUAAAAAGCGUGGCCCGUCAAUGGAUAUAGAUGGUCAUCCAUGUAAGAGAUGGAAAAUGGAUCGUACAGUAACACAGCAGUGCUUGGCUCUUCUGAAAGUUCUUGUUGGACAUCCAGACGGUUGGGUUUUCUCUGAGCCAGUGGAUCCUGUCAAACUUGCGAUUCCAGAUUAUUUCACUAUCAUAUCCCAUCCUAUGGAUCUAGGGACCAUAAAGUCCAAGCUGUCUAAGAAUGCAUAUGUGGGGGCUGAAGAAUUUGCAGCUGAUGUUAAAUUGACGUUUGAUAAUGCUAUGCUGUAUAACCCACCGAGUAACCCUGUGCAUCAGCAGGCCAUGGAGCUUCAUAAAAUUUUUGACACCAGAUGGAAUUUAUUAGAGGAUAAAUGGAGUUAUGAAAUGUCAAAAUAUGGAAAGGCGAAAUUACGUGGUGCGCAGGUUAAGGGAAACGACUGUAUGAAACAGAACUGCCCCAGAACGCCACCUCCUUGCAAUGCUACUCUAUCUAGGAAGCCAUCAAAAGAGAUGACGGAAAGGGGCUCUUUACAUGCCCAGGCUGUUGAGGUUAAGAAUGCCAAAGCUGCUGAUAACUGUGUACCGAAGUCCGUCAAAGGUCCUGGACAUGUGCAUGGUCUUAUCAAUUGCAAACCACCAAUGAGGAUAGUGGUUCGCAAAUGUGGUACUUGUGGCAAGGGCCCCUGUGGAUGUAGCCUUCAGAUGAAUUCAGUUAAUGCAUUGUCAGAUGCAUCCAUUGCUGGAGCAUUUAGCAGGGAUCUUUCCCAAAGCACUGAUGCCAGAACAGUGGACUAUCCGCCAGAGGUUAUCUCGAUUUCCCAAAUGAGCAGGUCAGAUCCAGAUUCUGAUGGUGCCGUGAGUGCUUUAGAUGAAGACAAUUUAUGUCCUAGUUCGGAGCUUGUAAUGCCUAUUACGGAUGCAACUUCUGGAGAAGAUUGGAGAUCUCAUGUUGUUGAAGCACAUCAAAUGUCACCGAAAAGAGCCCUACGUGCUGCAAUGAUUAAGGAACGAUUUGCAUACACAAUUCUGAAGGCAAAGCAUAAUACGCUUCUUGAUCAUGGUGACAAGGCUGAAUCAAUAAAGAUGAAGCGGGAAAAGGAGAGAUUGGAAAGGAUGCACCAUGAAGAGAAAACAAGAAUUGAAGCCCAGAUCAAAGAGGCUGAAGCUGCCUCCCAGAGGCAACACGAGAUGGAAUUGAAGGAGCGAAGGCAACGGGAAAGAGAAGCCGCCCGGGUUGCAGUGCUGAAGGUUGAGAAAAGUGUUGAGAUUGAGGAGAACAAAGAAGUACUGAGAGAACUCGAGGAUCUAAGUGGGUGCAGGCUGUUGUUAGUCAGUCCAAGAGUGGGUGAGAGAGCAUACAGAGGAAGAGAAAGUGAAGGAGGAUGUGGCUUUGAAAGCCCCUUGAGUCCACUGGAGCGAUUAGGUCUGUUCUUCAAGGACGACGAGACCGACAAUGUGGAUGAUUGGUUAGAUGUUGAUGUCGAGGACGGCGAGCUGUUGCCUUGAAAAUGCCUGCAGUCCAAAAUAAUUACUGCUUGUGUUCCAUAUUAUUUUUUCUUUCUUUCCUGAGCUGCCUCCUGUUAAUAAAUAUCUUUUGCCGAGAGGAAAGGGGAAGUUUUGAUUGAUUGUAAAUGAGUAUAAUUUAGUAGUCGUUGGUUAUAGAUUAGGUUGGUUCUGUAGCGUGCACAAGUUGCACUUCGAUUCGUAUAACGUCCAGUUAAGUUAACUGGAGUUUGAUGCUGGAUCUUGUUGCCCCUAGUCGAGUUCUUUUGGAACGAAAUUUCUAAUCAUGUGAAAGAUAAUAUCCAACAUAUACCACUGGUUCUAACCGGCUAUAUUUCGGAUAUGGAAAAUGGAUAUUGAAGAUACAAGAACUGAACGCUCUGAAACAGAGAAUGAAAUUGGUUCGGUAGA